GAUCUUUUCGAAAUUAGAAACACCUGUAAAAACUGGUUUUAAUAGAUUGGUUGCAAUCAAAUUCUUGAUUUUGAACACAGAAAUGCGAACAAUAUGAUAUGCAUGACAUGUAAGGAGUUUGAACCAUAAAGGAAAUAUGAUCAAAUAAAAGGAGUGGUUAGCAUGGCUAAAAGACUGUUUGGUCUUCAAGAAGAAACAAGAGAAAAUGAAUGGCUAGAGGGAACUAAUAUACAAGCAGUUGAACAGCAACAUCGAUACUUGGAGAAUUUUAGACAGCACCAUAGCACAAAAGCAAGAAGAAAACACAUACGUCCAAAAAGUCAACUACAGAGAUCAUCAUUAAGCAUUUAUGAGAGUGAUGCUGACAGUUCAGGGAGUGAAAUUUCACAAAGAAGUUGUCCAGAGCUGAGGGGAGGAGAUCAAAUAACUUACCACACCAAAAAGAAAAGACGAAAAAAAAAGCUUGAAGAAGAAUAUGAUGGCAGAAUUGAUUCCGACUGGGAUGAUCGUGUCGAGGAGACAAGAAAGUGUUUAGAUUGGAAACGCCAGAGUGACGAAAGCUUUACAGAUUCACAAAACGAUUCUGAUUCAAAUAUUGUAAGUUCAAACAAUUAUUCAACAAGUGAGAAUGAGGCUGACAGUGAAGAUGAUGAGGAAUCUUUCUACGAAAAAAGCCGCGAGUUUUACAAAGAAAACAAAGAUAGCACACACUUUGUUGAAACAGGAUUUUUGCAGAAUGGUUUACAAUUAUCCGAGCGAUGUGUUGAGGCAUUUAUGUCAGAAAACAUGAAAAAAGGUAAAAAGUUUGUAAAAUUUUACAAAGAGUUAAAAAACCAAGACCAAUCAACGAACAUUCAUCAGAGGGAAGGAAAGUCAAAUCGACGUUGUAUACUACAAAUAGUAUCAUCUCAUACGGCUAAAUGUAAAGUCAUUGAACCGAUUGAUAAUAUUGAAAUAAUAGAAAUCUCUGGUCGAUCCAAAUGCGGAAAAACUUACUCCGAUGACGAAGUUCUUGUUAAAGUACUUAAAAAAGAGGGACAGAACGAGUUUAUUCCGAGAUGGAACAAAAGAAUACAAACAGAAUUGACAACAUACGGGGAAGAAGUCGGAUUGUUUAACCGCAAACGUUAUAAGGAUGUAGGUCACCCGGUAUUGGUAUGUGAACUCGACAAUUAUGACAACGACAAGGUGAAACCGAUUUGUAAGACGGUGCCAAAAAUUCAGUUGGUAUCUGAAAAAGACUUAGGUCUUUUCGAGGUAGAGAUCUUCACAUACGACAAAAAGAUGAAAUCACUAGCACAUAAAGACAUCAUGAAGAUAAAUCCAUCUAAAAGAAAAGUUUUCAUGUUCUUUGUGGUCAUAAUUGGCUGGAAAUCUCUGUACCCAUUAGGAGCAAUUAUUGAAGUACACAAAUCUUCAGAGAAUUUUAAAUCCGGACUGAAAAUCUUAGAACUACAAUAUUCAGUACCAACAUUAUAUUCUAAAGGUACAAUUGAUGCAGUGGAGAAACUGCCUGAAGAUUUAUUGGAUGUUAAAAUUAAAAACAGGCUUGAUUUAACUCAACUUCGAACUUUUACAAUAGAUCCCCCAAACUCUAAAGAUUUAGAUGAUGCAUUAAGUAUAGAAACGUUGAAAAAAGGUUAUAGAGUUGGCAUUCAUAUUGCAGAUGUUUCUGAGUAUAUCGACAAGAAUGACAGUAUUGACCUUGAAGCACAAACAAGAGCUACAACUUUUUAUCCAGGUGGAGGAAAAAAGGCAUACCAAAUGUUACCAGAACCAUUAACUAAGAAGUGCAGCCUUUUACCUGGAGAAAAAAGAUUGACAUUAAGCGUCUUUAUACUGUUUGAUAAAGAGUUUCACCUGUUACCCGUUCGAUCGUUUGAAAAAACCACCAUUAGAUCACAACAACGAUUCACGUAUGCAAAGGUACAAGAUAUAAUAGAUAAACAGGUUGAUUCUGAGUGGACACUUGAAAUUAAUUUGCUGCAUGGAAUCGCAAAGAAAUUAAGACAAAAACGUUACGGGUGUGCAGUUUACGCGUUUCCUGUUGAAGUAGAUGUUUAUGAUGAAACUGAAUCCCAAAUGAAAACACAAGAAGCGCAUUACCUUGUAGAAGAAUUCAUGGUUUUAGCAAAUUCGUCUGUUGCAGACGCCUUAAUGAUAAGGUUUCCGAAACAUGUUCCUCUACGCUGUCAAGAUCCACCAAACAAUACUAAAAUUCAGGAAUGGUUGGAGUUAUACCCUCAGAUAAGUAAUUUAAUAUUUCAUUUACAGGAAAAACAGCCUAUACAAAAUCAUAAACUAGCAAUAUCGAACAUGGAAAAUGAAAAUGGAUGUACAGUAAGGUACACAGCCGUUACCCGUUUUCAGAAAUGGGUUUGGGAAAAACUUCUAAAGAGAAUAGAGAACGGAAAUUUCACAGAGGCUUUCAAAAUAUUUGGUCAAGACGAAAAUCAUCCAUUUCAGUCUAUAGCGUUGGACGAAUGGUAUUCUUUUCAAGAAACUGCUGAGUAUAGAUGUUCAGGGAAAACAUCUGGAUUAGAGAGUAAACAUUUUUCUCUUCCUACAUUUUCCGGCUAUGUACAUUUCACAUCACCAAUCAGGCGAUAUGUUGACAUAAUAGUACAUCGCUUAUUACAUGCUGUAAAAGAUGGCACGGAAUCCCCAUAUUCAAGCGAGGAAGUAGCUAAGCUAUGUUUUUCCAUUACAAAAAAGGGACAUUUAGCUAAAACGUUUUCAAAGAAAUGCAGAGCUCUUUACUUUGCAAAUAAAAUCGUACGCGAGCCAGUUAUGUUGCAUGGGUUUGUAAGGGAAAUUAAAGAUAGAGAUUUAGAACUUCUAUUUCCUGGUCUUCGUCAUUUGCCUUCCGUUAGCAAAAGACUUCCAUACAACUUGCUUUAUGUGUGCGCACUGCCAAAACCGGUGAAAAAUCAAGAUGAUUUACACUCUGAAGUUGAAAGACAAAUGAUUGAACUGAAGUGGGAAAGAAGAAUAUAUUCCAAAACAGAAAAGCCACCUCGUCCAAAAAGCAAAUUGAGAGGAUAUUUGCGUACACCUGAUGAUAAAGGCGGGCCUUAUCAAAGAGUAGAUCCACACCAGCGAACGGAAUUUCAACAGCUUGCGAAAUGGAUGGGAUUAAUAAAUGUGAUGUGUAAAGACAAAAAACCAACUGAAAUGAAAAAUAUACUCAGAAACAUGUCUAUUGCUAAUAUUUUUAGAUUUAUACCUACAACAUUUUACACCGAACUUGAUGUAAACUCCGAAAGAGAGAGAGAAGACACACAAGAAAAUGAAGCGAGUGAGCUUUCAGAUGAUCAACGUCAGAUAAAGUCAAUAAUAAACGAUCAACUUUGCAAAUAUUCAAUGUCAUUUAGUCAUGGACAAGUACUUGCAGUACAAAUGGGCACAGAGUUUGAAAAAGGAAUUAUGCUGCCAAAGCCACAGAUGUUUAAUAUGACAGGAAAUGUCAAGUACUGUCUUCAACAUGCAAGUGACCCUGUUAGAUGCUUUGAAAGAUACUCUACCACUAAGUCUAAAGACAGAUAUGAUUCAGAAACUGACUACAUGCAAAUUUGGCUACAAAUAGUAAGGAUGGAAACUGCGAUGUCAGCUUCAAGGGAAUCCCCUAUUGUAAUAAAUGAUCUUCCAAUAAGCUUUGAGUCUCGUGGAGGACAUUUUACACUUUUUACGUUAUUCUGCGAGGAAAGAAAUAUUGAUUUACAUUCAAUGUCAGUCGAUAAGUCACAUACUCAAGAAGAGCUGAUUCCAGAUGAGAAUGAAAAUAAAACGGAAUAUGUAUCCUGCUCUGAUUACCUUUGUAUAAAAUGUCCAAUUUCAAGGAAAACCAAUACUUUCUUUGAGCCAAAGCAAAACACAUGUCCUUUUGAUUUUAGGUACUGGUUGUCCCAUGCAAAAAUUGAUAAAACAAAAACAGUGAAAAAGAAUACGCCAGAGGAGAGAAUAAACGUUCAUUUUUCCUUGGUUCCAUCUGCUCCAAGUGCUCCAGAACACCUUAUAGAUGUUGACAAGAAAUUCAGAUGUUCAAUCGAUUUAAUACAGAAAUCGGAGUUGGAUAAGAGAAUUGAAGUAUAUAUCGGUAGAUUAGCAGAAGCGUCCACGUUAGCCAAAUGUAUAGCGAUGAAUACAAAAAUCCCACGUUUAAACAAAGCCCACAUAGAAUCGAUCGCAGAGUACGACGUCCCCAAAGGCGUAAUAGCUUCGAACAAUGACAUGCAACGUAAAGCCAUUGAGAAGGCUUUGACCUCAACAUUCAGUUUGAUUCACGGACCGCCAGGAACGGGCAAGACUUAUACUGGUUUGAAGCUAAUUUAUUUGUUUGAUCGAAUAAAUAAAUCCAUCAGAGAAAAUGACGGCACAAGAAAGCAGAUUCUGUUUUGUGGACCUUCCAACAAGUCAGUUGAUUUAGUUGCAAAACUAUUUCAAAAAUAUUUCAAGGAUCAUUCAUUAGAUUUUGCCAGAUACUACGGUGGGUCCAUGGAGAACCAUGACUAUCCUAUUCCUGGAAGAGUAUAUUCAGGAAGGGCUGGAUCUAGAGACUCCAUUCCUGAUUCUAGUUUAAAACCGGUUUCAAUUCAUCACUUAAUAAGGAAUCCAGAAAAACCACAUGCAUACAAACUUUGUCAAUACGAAGAAACAUUUAGGAAGAAGCCAAAUCAAAUUAAUGCAGAAAAAGUAAAAGAAUAUACAAAACUGUUAACUCUUGCAACAAUUGAAGAAAUAAGUCAACACGACAUCAUUUUCUGCACAACAGCUAUGGCUACAAACAAGAGGCUGAUAGAAGGAACAAAGAACAGAAUAUUUCAGUGUAUUAUUGAUGAAGCUGGUAUGUGUACAGAGCCUGAAUGUAUAGCAACUAUAAUUGCAACCAAGGGAGAGCAAGUUGUACUAAUUGGUGAUCAUAAACAACUCCAACCAGUUAUCUUAUGCCAAUCAACGGCUAAACUAGGAUUAGAUAAAUCUUUAUUUCAGCGCUAUUCUGAUAGAUCGGUUCAGUUGAAAGAUCAAUACAGAAUGCAUCCAAGUAUAUGUAAAUUUCCUUCAAAAUGUUUUUAUCAAGACAAAUUAAGAACAAUACAGUGCUCAUCAUGGGAGGAAAAUCCGCCUCUUCACAUAUGGUUUCAACCCGAAAAGCGCCAUGUUUUCUGUCAUGUUGAGGGUGAAGAAAUUACACUUCCUGUUAGUACUGAAGAGGGAAAUGAAAUGUCUCGAAGCAACAAGAAAGAAAUUGAACAAAUUAUGAAGAUAUUUACACAUCUAGUAAAAAAAGAAAAGAUUUUUGGUGACCAUAAGAAAAAGAAAGUUUGCACUGUGAAUAUUAUGUCACAGUACAACGCUCAGUGUUCAGCUAUACGUGAAGCAUUAGGAGCAUUAAUAUUGAGAGAUAUUGACUUAACAAACACCAGUGUCAACACAGUAGUUGGUAGUCAAGGUGGACAAUGGGAUUACGUGAUUUUCAGUCUUGUGAGAUCCUUACCACAGUACAGAAUAGAGCCACAUCCGACACUUGGAUGGUGCACACAGAAUCUUGGAUUUAUAACAGAUGAACAUCAAAUAAAUGUUGCCCUAACACGAGCCAAGAAGGGAUUGUUUAUAAUUGGUAACAGACAUCUGUUAGAAUGUGACCGUGUUUGGAGACAAUUAAUCAACAUGUACGCUAGCCAAGGGAGUGUUGUGGAAGCUGAUGAUUUUCCUCGACCGAUCCCGAAGCCAAACAAAUGUAGACAAUAUGACGAAGACGGCUUUGAACUGGUUUACUCAAAACGAUAAUAGAUGAUUUCUUAUUGCACACUGUGAAUGUAUCAUCAUUUAUACUUAGAUUAAUCGUUUGCCGUUUUUAAAGAGUUAAAGAGAACAAACUUCAUAGGACUAAAAUUGUGAUAAUAUAGUUCAUACAAUAAAUAUUAAGGCAAUAAAACUUUACAGAUAUUCAAAUCUCAUAAAUCGAUAAAGAAGACAAAUCCAGGUGAAAACUUAGGGAGCACAUUAACUCCGAAAGGAAGGAAACCGGGUGCGUGGGCAUGUAGCGUCACCUGCCAUGUAAAUCCACACUCAGUCAAAAUGGUACAAUCGGGAACAAGACACCACAGUCACUCAGUCAAAAUGUCACAAUCGGGAAAAGAACACAAUCGGUAAAAUUACAGAUACGACAACUAUUGUGCUUUCUGAAGAUCUAAGACUGUGAAAACAUGUCGGUAGUAGGUUAAGACACAGAAAUAUCGCAUCAGUCAACCAGUUCACGAUGAUUACCGUAAAAAAUAUGUCGUGUUUAUUCCAGACAUUCGUCCUUGCAACUUGUAUUAUCGGUUUUUGCGUAAGCAGCAACCUCACAGUUAACGAUUAGAAAGUUGAAAUCAUCACAUUAGUUUGCAGUUGUAAAUCUGUGACAAUAUUGAGGAAAAUAUUCAGACAUGAAGAUACCUUCUAGUUAAGGGAGUAUUCUUUAUCUCCAAUUCACUCGGAUAUCUGAAUUGUAAGAAUAACAUAUUUCAAGUGACUUUAUUCUUAGUCAUUCGCUUAUAUUUCCGGUUUUGUGUUGUUUUUGUGUUGUUUUUUUUUUUUUUGCGAUGUUAGUUUUUCUUCGAAUUAUAUGUUUUUACUGCGUGUUCCGCCUUAUAUUAAUGACAUAUUAGAAAUUGCUAGUUACAUUUUUGGCUGUAUAUUGGAAUAAUAUUUGAUAUCCAUGUCAGUUCAGUUAGAAAAUUUUAUGAAGAUUAUAAUGAUAAAUCGUAGAAUGUUCACUUUA